UCCUCUCCUUCUAACUUUAGCUACCUUUUAAUUUAUUCUAUCUUUCUUCUAAUGGCAAGUGGAUUAAAAUUAUGGUUUGUGUUAUUGACUACUAUAUUGAUGAUCAACUUUAGGCCAUUUUUAGUAAUGGUAAAGGGUGAACCACAAGUGCCUUGUUUGUUCAUUUUGGGAGAUUCUUUAUUUGAUAAUGGAAAUAAUAAUAAUCUCAUCACUACUGCAAAGGCUAAUUAUCCACCUUAUGGAAUUGAUUUUCCUGAUGGUCCUACUGGUAGAUUCACCAAUGGAAAAAAUUCAGCAGAUUUUCUUGCUGAAUUAUUGGGUUUUGAUAAGUUUAUUGAGCCAUUUUCCACAGUGAAGGGUGUGGAUAUAUUUAGAGGUGUAAAUUAUGCAUCUGGUGCAGCUGGAAUUCGUGAUGAGUCAGGAAUACAUUUGGGAGAUAGAAUCAGCUUGAACAGGCAAUUGAGAAAUCACAAAGUGACAAUUUCCCACAUGUCUACUCUACUUGGAAAUAAAACCUUAACUAUGGAUUAUCUAAGCAAAUGUAUAUACAUUGUUGGAAUGGGCAACAAUGACUACAUCAACAACUACUUGAUGCCUCAAUUUUACCCAUCAAGUCAUUUGUACAAGCCAGAAAAAUAUGCUACAAUCCUAAUGCAACAAUAUUCAAAACAAUUAAAGACAUUGUAUCGUUACGGAGCAAGAAAAGUUGCUGUUUUCGGUGUAGGUAGCUUAGGCUGUAUUCCAGCAGAAUUAGCUUCGUAUGGAACAAAAGACACAAUAUGUGUCGAUUUUAUAAAUAGUGCAGUUCAAAAAUUCGCGGACAAGUUUAAACCAAUGAUCGAUGAUUUCAACAAUAAUUUACCCAACGCGAAUUUCAUCUACAUCAAUCUAACAAGCAUUGCUAUCGGAGAUCCAGCACAAAUCGGUUUAACAAAUUUAGCUGAGCCAUGCUGUGAAAUUUCGAGCGUCAUAGCUAAAGGGCAAUGUAGUAAUGGAGGGGGUGCAUGUAGUGACAGGGCAUCACAUUAUUUUUGGGAUGGUUUUCACCCAACAGAAAUUCCAAAUAAGGUCACUGCUAUAAGAGCUUACACUGCUCUUCUACCCACUGAUGCUUAUCCUUUUGAUAUUAGCCACUUGGCAGCUAGUACAUUAGCUCUAAAUAAGUUGGGACAAUCAGGGGUGGAGCUAAUGUAGAGCUAAGAGCUUGUGUGUUCGAUCAAACUUAUUAACUUUUAUGUGUAGCUUUGUCAAGCAUUAAAUAAAUGUGUCUAUUAUAUGUGAUAUUAUUUAAGACAUGAAUGACAAUAUUUGAGUUGAUCGAUGUUGA